GUCAACGACCGCGAGACUUCGACACUCCCACACCACCUAUCCAUCGGCCAUUGGGCUGUACUAACAUUGCAGGCAUUUUCUCUUUAGCGGAAUCCAUUGUUUUACUUGUCUAUAUCAGUUCAUGUCUGUAUUCAUUUCGAGUUAAUCUGCUGCUGUCGCCUAAACAAACAAUCAAAACCGACGCGACACGACCUUCCACGCAAAAAGAAUUUCGGCCCAAUGUCGCCGAUUGAUCACACCAAUACAUCCGAUGUCAUGGCGAACAGCCAUGCAUCGCGAGACCAAACAACGUCCGAUUUUGAACCAGAUCACGAAGCCCUUGUGUCGACGAGGCAGCUAGACAACAACUACCGCCAACCCCUACCAAAGCGUGCAAAACGACAUGACGCGCACGCAGAACCGGAAUCAGACCCAGACUUCGCCAUCGACACAUCGGCUCUUCAUAGAGCUUUCCCAGAGUUCUCCGACGCAUCUAGCUCAGAGGAUGAGGAUGACACGUCGAUAGAGAUUGGACGGGGAGGAAAGAAACCCACCCGACCGUUAGAUGACUCGAGAGAUUCGGUUAUGAGCGUGGACGAGAGUCGAUAUGCUGUAUCGCCAGCAAUUAGGGGUGAUCGUUUCGGUAACUCUUCCCAAAGGGCUGCUCUGCGCCCAAUUCCAAGUCGAGGUUCAUCGGGAAGAGAUAGCCUUCGUAAAGAUGCCCAGAUACGACGCGCCAGCCUCGCCUUGAAAGAAAAUAACCUCCCUCAAGAAGUGAAGAAUAAAAGCGAAAGCCAGCGCCGUACGCUAUCUGAGAUGCACGCUAAAGCCAGUGAGACGUACGACGGGUCAUACAUUAGCGAUGAACGGCCGGUAAAAGUCGCAGCUACUGCGAGAAAUACUCGUUUCGGCAACACGCGAUCUCAAGCCCAAGGCGCCAGAAUCGUCGAUGCGGUCAACAAAGCGGCUGGUAAAAGUUAUCUCAAGCAUCAUAGCGGAGACGCAGAACAUGGACACCCUAGAAAGCAGCUAGCAGCGAAAAUUCCCGAAAAGAAUGGUAAUACCGACAAUUUUACUCACCAGUCAUAUGCUCUUCCUGAUAUACCGAAUCUCUCUGAGCUCGUUUCUGGGAUCUAUGAGGAUGGCACUCCAAAGGGAAGAUCUCGAACGACACGCUUCACUUCACCACCUGCUGUAGCAACUACUAAUUGUCAACGCAUCGAACAUUUCCCUCUUGACUCUAUGCCCGUGCCGGAUGACGAAAAGGCUAUUUUUAUAUCGUUAAAAUUGCUUCAGGAGAAAGUUGAAGCCUUGCAGAUGAACAAAUCCGACAUGGAACAUAGGCUCGAGGAAUUGGAAGAGGAGAACAUGAUCUUGAAGAGUGAAAAUGUCCGUCGGCUCAAACAAGACAAACGACGCUUCAGUAUGUAUGGUGGUGAUGAGGAUGUUAACGAUGGAGGAGUCGGCAAACUUUCUAUCCAAAAGAGUAGGUUGGAAGCAGCCAAUUCGGCCCUUCAGAAUCGGUUGGAUAUCUCUACCCGCAAAAUCUCCAGCCAUGAAACUACACUUAAACACUUAACACAUGAACGUGACUCCGCCCGGACCCAGUUGGGCGUGGCUUAUCUUAAUUUGCAAGAACUGAAGAUGGAAAAUGAGGCGUUAGCACAGGAGAACGACGAACUGAGGAUUCAACUUGAAUCGCUGACUGAGUACUCCGAGGUGGCAGAUGGUAUGCGACGUACUCAGACUCGUGAUUCCAAGAUAAACCGUCGAGACAUCGCCGCUAGGGACCCAACUGAAGCAACAGAGACCAAUCGAACCAAGCCAGCCCGAGAUGUCAACGUUGAUGCUCAACGGCAAAGCUCGGAUAAAAUCAACCAAGAUCGCACGCAACCAUAUAGUGCGAAAGAUAGUGCUGCUAGGCAACAGAAGCAGGCUGAAUAUGACGCGCUAUUCUCCCUAGACUUGUCCCAUCUUACUGCUCAACAACCCACUAAGAAUACCAGGACCCAAGCAAAUACCGCUGAAAGGAAGCUUCCUAACACCGGAAAACAGCGCACCAAGAAAGCUGUUGUUGAACAUUUGGAUGAUGGAGAGCUCUCGGCGGGAGAAAUGAGGACGGAAACAAGAGGUUUUCGCUAUCGCCCUGGGUCAGCAAAUGAUUUGACAUUUCUCAGCUUUAUUGACGCCAAUGAGAUAGCCCAGCUUCGCAAAACACUGGAGGAGCAAAGGGUUGCCCGCAAAACCCGCCUCAACCGAGACUUCACUGAGCAAAGUAAAAUUAGCAACCUCGGGCUAAGACCAUCUGGGGAUUUUGCACAUAGCGCACCACUGAAGUCAUCCCUGAAGAAUACUGCAUCCAGAGCCAGGCGCACUGGGACGGUUGAAAUGCCAGACUUCAACAUCACGGAACAAAGAACAACUGGCAAUACGCGAGACUUGUCACAGCGUAAUAUCACAAACCAUUCCACCUCCACAGCUGGCUCCAGACGCCGACAAAAGAGAACCCAGGAAAUGACAUCGGCGCUGAUUCUACCUGAUAUUACGAUGCAUGGCGUUACUGCUAAACCUGGAGAGCCACUCAAGCUAUCCGAAGCUGCCCAGCGUGUUUUGGAUGAUGUUGCGCAGCAUGACGGCGAAAACUGUGCGGUUUGCAAAAGCGUUAUGAACAAGAAUUCCAUCAAUGACCAUAGAAAUGGAGAAGGACCGGACUCCAUUAAGGUCACUAAACCUAUCCCUGUUUCCGAUCGCAUGCCAGAGCCGUCGCCGUACAAUGAAGAACCCACCAUGCGUCCGUCACAGCCACCUGCCGUGGCUCUUGCAACCGUUCUCAAAUCGCUAGAAGAUGAGCUGGCACAUCUGAAAAUGCAACUUGCUCUUCAACAGACAAAAUUGAACAAGCAUGAUGCGUCAAUUGGCAAGAAGCAACGAAAAUUCGUCCUGCAGACUAUCGAAUCCCUGCUCAGGGAGAUCGAUACGAAGUCUGAUCAGAUUUAUGCUCUGUACGACGUUCUAGAGGGACAGAAGGAAGAUGGCAAUGAGAUGACGCAAGAAGAGGUGGAUGUUACUCUGCAGUCCAUUGGACUUGGCCGGGUCUCAGGAAAGGAUGCUGGUGAUCAUACGGACGGUCGGCGCCGAGAUGAUACCAAGGGGAACGGAGCCACGAGGGUUCAAGACAGCGCCAGUGGUAGUGAUUACGACGAACCUCCUUGGGAAGGAUUUGAGAGCACUGGUGAAGUGACCGGUCGGAGUUUCUCUAGGAAAGCUGGAAAGGCUUCUUCUUAACUUGACCGCCGGAGAGAGCUCUAUUGAUCAUAUAUCCGUCUGGUCUUCUAUGCAUUUGUUGGGUUUCGGAGCUUCUUACCAUUUGGGAUACGUUUGUUGUUUUGAAUCAACUUCUUGGGAGAUCUGAUCAGAUGGAGAAGUGGCAUCCGGAGUAUCGAUCAUCAUUUCCCGCCGGAUGCAAGCCUUCACGAAUACUGAUGCCUCUCGCUUCCCCUUACAGACUGACUCCAACUACGGAAUUGUCUCAUUUUUCACUUUUAUCCUGGCUUUGGGUUUCAGACUGACUUGUUGCUUUUUGUCUCACAAUUUUGUGAUUUUGACUCAAUCAACUUGGGAAUGUGCCCGGGUAUAGGAUUAGUGGAUUUCAUGUCAUUCACCGGCCGAACCCAGCUCUUUAUGAUGCGAUUGAAUUCGCGUUUGACUGACUUGAUUUUGUUUUAACACACAAGUUGAGUGUAUGUCCGCUUGAGUUCUCGUGUCUGAGAAGAGCUGUUGGUUUGGCCGGUCGGUUAUGUUCGUUCUAACGGUGUCGGUUCGUGUGGCAUUGUUGGUAUUUGUUCGUGUUGAGUUUCUAGAAUUGGUGGAAAAUUGUUAAGGGUCUUCGGUUUCAACCUCCUCGCCUGCCAGAAAUCCCUUACUGUUUUGGUUAAACGAGGUUACUGUUCCUCUCCAGCUUUUUUGAGGCCUUCUGUUAUUCUCCUCUUUUUUGUCUUGGUACAUUUCUCACUUAGCACAUGGGGUUUUUGGUUGCAUGCAGGCUCGACUCGUGUAAGGGGCCGGGGGCGUAUUGUCUAUGUUUUACGGGUUAAUUAUUACGUUUUAUUUUUUGGCUGAGAGCUUUAUACAUUGCUUCGUUUCAGAUUUAUUCGAAUGGUAAUAUUUUUCUUCCAGCGUCUCCCCGUUGCUCUAUGAUUGCAUUGAAACUUUCUGGAUAACGCUGAGACUUUAUAGCUGAGGAUUUGACCAGAGGUUAUUAUUAUUGUGCUAUUCAAUUGUGCAGCGCAUAUAGUCGACUCGAUAUAGGUCCAAGGACGGAAAACUUCCCAACUGUUAAUUCUAACUGUUUUAAUGCAUGGAUAUUUAACGAAGAAAAACCCCCCAGUUUGUUGUUUAUCCAAUCCCAUUUUUCCAUUAAGGCCAAUGAACUCCAUGAACUCCGUCGCUAUGGCGUGAUAAUGUUGCUAGGCUAAACAAAAAAAGAAGAGAGAUAGAAAAGAGACAAGGUCAGUGGGGAAUAAACACACAAAGAUGACCCAGAAUGCCCAUGAAAAGUAAUAACUGUGGCCGAGAAAAACCAAAGUAGUGGUCAUAACAUUUCCUCGUCAACGGGAAUGGGCGUGCUUGCAGCAGCUGAUGCCGCGAGCCCCGUCGGUGACGGAUUCGUCGCAGCAUUUCUCGCGGCGAUUUCUUCAUCGAUGAAACAUCCCAGCCCCGCAAAUGCCUCCAGCAAUGAGCGGGCAUAGUACUCUCCCAAAUUAUACCCCCCAGCAAGCAUCUGGACAUUAUCCUUGAUGGGAUCAAGAUACGUAGAGGGGUAAUGGCCUUGUAGCUGGUAAUAGUCACGGCCAUCGAGCCUUAUUCCACCAAAAGGAUCGUAUGGCUUUUCUGGCUCGGGCGUCUGGAUCCUCCGCAAGCCCUUGACGAGGUCGGAGUCGAAGGCCGGCGCGGUUCCUUUGUCGGCUGCGUCGGCUAGAGCCUGAGCGCGUUUGGAGUCGACCAGGAGAGCUGCUUGUUUGCGCUUCAGGCGGUCCUCUUCGCUGCGUCGUGCGGAGGAUUUCUUGAGCAUGCUCUGUCUGCCGUCUUUUGCAAUAGCUUCUGCUUCUUCCACGCUGCCUGUUGCGAGACGGGUGAGGAUGUCUUCUCGUCCGGAGAGAAGGGCGCGUCUUUCAUUAUCAUAGUCUUGCCGGGCUGCUUCACGGCGUAGUCGUAUUUGUUCUUGUUCGAGGGACUGGUUUUUCAGGAAGGCAGCGGAUUCUUGGGAUUCGAGGGUUUGGUUACGGCGGAUGGAUUUUGCGUUUGCUGCGGCGUAUUGGGAGAGUUGGGCUUCCGUUUUGACCACAUCGAUGCCGGAAACCAAAUUGGUUAUUAUGUCUUCGCGCUGCUCAAGGAAGUUGUCGUAGGCUAGCUUGCUGUCGAAUUCAUCCUCGCGGCGGUUCAAUCUGUUAAAUGAUUGCGUAAGUGUCUAUAAAAGAACGCGUGGGAAUCCCCAGAGUAGGCCACCUUAGCAUACAUUUGCAUGACCCUUUUUCUUAUAUCAACCUCCCUCUCUACACCAAUAUCCUCAAACGUCUGUUUCCGAAACCUAUUCUUCCUGAGUGUUUUAUGGCAUCCAGCAACUGGACAUGGGGCCGGGCCUGACGAGAAGAUGCGAUCCACGCACG